GGGCCUCGUCUCCGGGUGCCUCCCGCCUUGCGCAUGCGCAGACCAUAAACCACCGCCCGGGAGUUGAGGCGCGGUUUUGGUGGCGCGUUUUAGCAAAGUCGCACGUGAAGGAUAGCGGUGGCCGGAGCCCGGCCCGACAAUGGCAGGUUCAGGCAGCAGUCCCCUCUGGAGCAGAUAUCUGUUUAAAGCCAUGUGGCUGGUCCUAGUGGUCCUACUCCUUCUCUCCUCGGCAUCCUCCCAGUCCCACCGAGACUUCGCACCCCCAGGUCAGCAGAAGAAGGAGCCCUCAGCUGACCUCUUGACCCAGAUAGGCCGAUCUCUGCGGGGGACACUGGAUUCCUGGGUGGGGCCAGAGACGAUGCAUGUGGUUUCAGAGACUCUGACACAGACGGUGUGGGCCUUCUCAUCAGCCAUCUCCGUGGCCUUCUUUGCCCUGUCUGGGAUCGCUGCACAGCUGCUGAAUGCCUUGGGGAUGGACGGUGACCGCCUUACCCAGGUCCUGAAGCUCAGCCCUAGCCAGGUCCAGACCUUCCUGCUGUGGGGAGCAGGAGCUCUGGUCACCUACUGGCUGUUGUCUCUGCUCCUCGGUUUGCUCCUGGCCUUGCUGGGGCGCAUCCUGGGGGGCCUGAAGGUUGUGAUCUUCCUGGCUGGCUUUGUGGCCCUGGUGAGAUCGGUGCCUGACCCCUCCACCCGGGCCCUGCUACUCCUGGCCYUGCUGACUCUCUACGCCUUGCUGAGCCGGCUCACUGGCACCCGGGCUUCGGGGGCCCAACUGGAAGCCAAGGUGCGAGGGCUGGAGCGCCAGGUGGAAGAGCUGCGUUGGCGACAGAGGCGAACAGCCAAGGGGCCCCGGAGUGUGGAAGAAGAGUGACAAGGAUGUCCCAUGGAGCCACCUUUCCCAUACCAAAGAGCUGAGCUGCUUCUGGGUUGCAGGCCCUCUUCGCAGCCCCUGCCCUUUCCUGCCCCRUCUGAACCUUCAGAAUCUUUAUCCCUGCCCUGGCCAAGCUGAGAGAGGAGGACCAUCCCCUCUGUCCUCUGUCCACUGAGGCUCUCUAUCCAGGCUUGGCUGUGAAUCCUCUCUCUGCUCCUAGUCUGUCUCAGGCCGAUGGAGGGUUGGAGGCCUCCCUCUGGCUUGGCAUCUGCUCUCCGCCUACACUGCUGCUGCUGGUCCCCUGUGACUUACCUCGCUCCCCUCUGCUUUUGCCUGGCUUCCCCAAAAAGCUCUGGCUUUUGGACCUACGCCGCUCCUCCUUGGCCAAGCACCCAGCUCCCUUCCUUUUCCUCUUCCUCCAGCCCUGUGCUCACUAAACCGCGGUCCCUGGAGGCUCGUUCCUGUCCUCAUUGCCCAGCAGUGGGAAGAGGGAGGGGGAGCGGGGUCCUCAGAGGCCUGUGGGGCUGGGGAAAUGAUGGACCCUAAGUCUGUUACAAGUGCCUUAAUCCUAGCCAGCAGGCCCCUCUGCUCACCCGCUGCCAUACCGGGUAGGAGUGUGYUGUGACUGCUCUGUGUCCAGAAGAGAGCAGUCCCUCAGAAUCCUGAUUCCUCCUCAGCCAAGCAAGAGAUGGCUGCUUCUUCACAGACUUGUGUCCACCCGUGGGACCCUGUCAGAUGUAGAGAUUUCAGAAGCCCUGAGGAGGCAGGAGGACCCACUUCCUUGUCUGCACAGUGUCAGGAAGUUCUGUAUUGUUGCCCCUCCGCUCCUGCCACCAGGAGCAGUUGCUGGUCAGUGUCUGCCCUUCCCCAUGCUCUGCAGAGACAGGGUGGGCCGGCUGCUGACCCCUCUCCACCAGCACACUCGCUCUUGGUAGUGAGGGGUCACUUCUUCCUUUGAGGCCCUGGUGGAGUAGGUGUCCUCUGCUAGGCCUGGCACAUGAUGUGAAGAGUCGCGCCCAGUUCUCAUAUCGAGGUUUGAUGUGGAAUCACGGCUGCAGUGAUAUAUAUUUUUAUCAGCGCUUGGUUGGUUUUAAAUAAACUGCACGCUAUUUUAUUAUCUUGUUCUGAAUAAAAUGUAUU